CACCGCCUAACGCCGCUGUCAAUUAAGUGUUUACAAGUUCCAUAGUUUGUUAUACUUUGCAAGUAAAAUGCUAUUUUAUUCAUUCUUUAAGUCCCUAAUAGGCAAAGAUGUUGUGGUGGAAUUAAAAAAUGACCUUAGCAUAUGCGGAACAUUGCAUUCCGUCGAUCAAUAUCUGAAUAUAAAAUUAUCCGAUAUAAGCGUCAUAGAUCCGGACAAAUACCCUCACAUGUUGUCAGUGAAAAAUUGUUUUAUUCGUGGUUCUGUUGUGCGCUAUGUUCAAUUACCAGCAGACGAAGUUGACACACAGCUACUGCAAGAUGCCGCAAGAAAAGAAGCAACAGUGUCUACAAGAUAGUCGCUGUAUCAUAACCUAACAUCUAAGUCGAACAAACAUGGACUAAAAUAUUUGUGAAUAUAUCUAAGUGUAAGAACAUUGAAUAAAUGUAAACAUAUUU